AUGUCGACCUUUAAAUUACCUUCCAUUCCAUCGCUAAGAAAGCAGCAGCUUCAUCUCGAGUUCGCAAGCUUGAGGCAUGCACCACCACCCGGUGUCUAUGUGACCCUUGCACCCGGGGAUCCCACGCUGUGGAAUGGAGUCAUUUUUGUUCGUUCCGGUCCCUACGCUUCAGCCAUUCUCCGCUUCCAGAUCCGCUUCCCCGAUACCUACCCCGAUCUCCCGCCGCUCGUCACUUUUACGACCGAUGUGUUCCAUCCCCUAAUCGUACCCCUUACCACAUACACAUUCAGCACCAGCUCGCCGAGUGAUAACCCGAUCAGCGCGUCGGACGAGGAGCGGCUACCACCGGGCGGAUUCAGCCUGCGCCAUGGGUUCCCACAUUGGUUUGGCCGGACAAAGCGGAGUGGUCUGAGUUCAAGAGCAUCAUCACGGAACGUGAGCGGAAACAGCGCACACUCUGGGGGAGAAACGGCACCUACCGGCCCCACAAUAGAUGGCGAGGCACUAUCUCAGGCAAAGCCAUCAGCGGAACCGUCGAGCGACCCUGUAGCUGGCGAAGAGCAAUCGCUGAAGAAUGAUGGCAAUGCUCCUGUUGCCCAGGUUCCUUCGGCUAACCGAUUCACAGAACCAAAGAAGAUUGUCCCAGUGUUGACCAUCCUGAAUUAUAUUCGCUCCACAUUCGACGACGAAACUGUUUUGGACGCCCUACCUGUUGAAGUAGCAGGCAACCCAGGGGCCUGGCAUGCGUGGAAGGCACAUCGCCGAGGUGGCAGCGGCCUGGGCGACUUGAAACGGGACAGCCCGCAUGCUAGGCAGCCCGGGGAUUGGCAUUGGGAUGGGAUCUGGGCCAAGCGGGUGCAGCAUGAGAUUGAGACAUGCCACUCCGACCCCAUGUUGUUUGGAAAUGCUGCUCGUGGAGGUGGCGAUGAGAUGAUACGAUUCUCGCGGAUGGAUGAUACAACAUUGACUUCGGUGAAGGAGUUGAUGGCUGCGACAGUUGGAGAAGGAGCAUGA